ACACACACACACUCACACACCUAAUGGACAGCUGUUCUGUCCCCUGCAGAGAUCUUCCCCACCUGGCCCCUGCCCCCUGGAAUCAAGAGCCAGAGUCUCUCCAACUUCUUUGAAAAAGUCCAGGAAAUGAGUAGAGACUUCAAGGCUGACUCGGCCCAGGACACCAUCCACAAAUUCAUCACUUCAUUGGAUGAGCUGGAAGUCCCUGGGGACCUGGAGGCCCUGGCCCUUUCUGACCGGCACCGCAUGGCCACCCACCUGCUCUCAUACCUCGAAGAAGUCCUGAGGAACCUGGCCAAGACCUUGCCUGGACCCUCCUUCACCUACCAUUCCCCUUUGGACACAGAGCUGUCCCUGAUGAUCCAGGAGCAACGGAAUGGAACCGUCACCCUGGGCCAGAGCCAUGCACGAAUGAAGCUGAACUGGACUCAGGCAGCUGGAGUCGGGGACUCAGGCCCCCCUGUGGCAGGCAUAUUCUCCAGCCGAAAAAUGGAGACACUGCUGGUCAAUGCCUCCGUGGUGCUGGACCCUGAGAAGAAAGCCCAGCUGGAAGAGACAUAUGAAAGUUCUGUCAACGAUGCUCAGUCCAAGCUCCUCUCCACUGUCAACACGGUCUUUCUGAGCAACAAGAACACGGAGAAACUAGACCCUCCUGUCACCUUCUCCUUCUCCUACCAACCGGAGACGCCCAAGUCACGUCAGCCGGAGACACCCAAGUCACGUCAGGAGCUAAUCUGUGCCUUCUGGAAGGGUAACGACAGUGGUGGGUACUGGUCCACCACAGGCUGCAAGAAGCUGGGCAGCAGUAAUAACAGUAUCACCUGCCAAUGCAACCACCUGAGCAGUUUUGCCAUCCUCAUGGCCCACUACGACGUGGAGGACCCGAAGCUGACCCUGAUCACCAAAGUGGGCCUGGCACUGUCGCUGGUCUGCCUGCUGCUCUGCAUCCUCACCUUCCUGCUAGUGCGGCCCAUCCAGGGCUCGCGCACCACCGUGCACCUGCACCUCUGCAUAUGCCUCUUCCUGGGCUCCGCCAUAUUUCUGGCGGGCAUAGAGAACGAAGGAGGCCAGGUGGGGCUGCGCUGCCGCCUGGUGGCCGGGCUGCUGCACUACUGCUUCCUGGCUGCCUUCUGCUGGAUGAGCCUAGAGGGCCUGGAGCUCUACUUCCUCGUGGUGCGUGUAUUCCAGGGUCAGGGCCUGAGCAAGCGCUGGCUCUACCUGAUCGGCUAUGGCGUUCCCUUCCUCGUUGUGGCUAUCUCAGCGGCCGCCAGGCCCGAGGGCUACGGCCGCGAUAUCUACUGCUGGCUGGACCCCGCCCGCGGCUUCCUCUGGAGUUUCGUGGGACCUGUGACAUUCAUCAUUUUGUGCAAUGCUGUCAUCUUCGUGAUAACUGUCUGGAAGCUCAGUCAGAAGUUCUCUGAGAUCAACCCAGACAUGAAGAAAUUAAAGAAGGCCAGGGUGCUGACCAUCACGGCCAUCGCACAGCUCUUGGUGUUGGGCUGCACAUGGGUCUUCGGCCUGUUCCUCUUCGACCCGAGGAGCCAGGUGCUGGCCUAUGCCUUCACCAUCCUCAACUGCUUGCAGGGCUUCUUCCUCUUCCUGCUGCACUGCCUGCUCAACAAAAAGGUGAGGGAGGAGUACCAGAAGUGGGCCUGCAUGGUCACUGGGAAUAAGUACUCGGACUUUGGCACGUCGACAUCCAGCUCCAGCCACAACCAGACUAGGGUCCUCAGGCCGUCGGAGUCUGGCAUGUGACUGCGAGGUUCUGGCCAGGCCAGCAGCUCCUGUGGCCUCAGCAGCUUUUGCACAUACUGAAGACUGUCCCCUCCUCUCUCACCACCUUGAUCCCUCCACUCUCCUGUCCCCAGAGAAGGGGCAUCAACAGUUGUUCUCUGGCGCCAAACCCAGGAACACAGGGUGGAGUCGGACCUGAUGGACCUGCUUCUGGCUGCCUCUGCUGCACCCCAGCUGGCACCCAGGGUGGGCAGGAGCCGGACAGGGCUGCAGCCCCUUGUCCUGGUACCCAACACCCGGACAGACAAGGCUCCUGGCCUCCCACUCAUCUGUCUUUGCUACAUAACAAGAGGCCAGCGUGCUGGGGUUCUACUUUCCUAUUAAGCUAAGACUAAGCUCAAGGAUGGGAGAAGGGCAGGGCCCCUUCAGGCCCUGCGACUCACGGUACAGAGGCCAGUCUGCCUCCCGGACAGAGGGUUCUCAAUGUUUUGAAGGUCGUGGAUGUUGUGUAAUGUGUUGUUGUUUUUUAAAUCUGUAUAAAGUUUUCAAUGUUGACAUUUAAAAUUUAAUCUCACAGAUACUAGUACAGGAGGUGGCUUUGCUGGCUGGGGCCUCACUGACCAGGCCCACUAUGUCUGUGAAAUGUGAAGAGACCAGUAAGAAACAAAUGGGCGGGAGCCAGGCUUCCAUAAUAAAAAUUUAUUCUUA